AUGUUACAUCUCAUGGAACCGAGCACUGAUAGUGAUAAUCUCAGCGUUGGUGAUCAACAUCGCGGUGGUGCGGGAUCUAUAAUGAUGCCGAACGCUACGGGAGCCGCCACAGCAAACCCAUUCGAGGAACCCCAACGCCGCAUCAGCGAAUACACUGCACAAGAAAUUGCAACAUUACAAGCCCGUCUUGACAAGAAAUUGGGACCCGAAUACAUCUCUGCGCGACCUGGUGCUGCGGGGCAGAAAGUGCACUAUCUCUCCGCGGACAAAUGCAUCAACCUUGCCAAUGAGGUGUUUGGAUUCAAUGGCUGGUCCAGCUCGAUCCAGACGAUUCAGAUAGAUUUUGUUGAGGAGAAUCAAAACACAGGCAAGAUCAGCCUGGGACUUUCAGUCAUCAUGAGGGUCACAUUGAGGGAUGGAACUUUUCAUGAGGAUAUUGGCUACGGGCAUAUCGAGAACUGCAAGGGCAAGGCUGCAGCGUUUGAGAAGGCCAAAAAAGAAGGCACAACAGAUGCUUUGAAACGUGCGUUGAGGAACUUUGGUAACGUGCUGGGAAACUGUAUCUAUGACAAGGAUUAUGUGGCCAAGGUGACCAAAGUCAAGGCAGCGCCUGGAAGAUGGGACGUUGAAGAUCUUCACCGUCACCCUGACUUUGCGCCGCCUGCUAAGAAACAGCUUCCUACAUCGAAAUGUGCACUUGAAGAGGAUGAUCUGCCCCUUCCUCGUCCUGUUCACCAAGCGAGAGAAAAUAAUAUAGGGAACAACACUUCUUUCGAGGGGGAUGGGGAGUUUGGCAGCGACCUCUUUGAUGAAGCCGAUUUUGGAGUAGCUGAAACCGAUUUAGGCAAUCCCGACGAGAUUGUAAUAGAUACAGAGACUAGUCAAGAACAGCAGCGCACUGUACCUACAAACGGCCCAGCGCCUCAACGAGGGCCGCCUAUUCGAGCAGGAUUUAACCCCGCUGUCGUAACACCAUCAAAACCCGAGCGAUGGAACGGCGCGGGCCAAGCAGGACGACCUAAUCCCCUCAAUGCGCGACAGAACCCAUCAGCUAUCCAAUCUGCAGCUGCGGUACAAGUGGAUAUCCUCCGUGAAAACCCAAACUCCGUCCCGCCGGGAGCACCUCAAUUCGAUCCACACGCAGAGAGUCCCUCCAUCCGCAAGACGGCUGGUGUAGACCAUACCAAAAGCAUUCCUAUUGCUAGACCGAUGCUUUCCAGCGCCUCUCCAGCACCACCCAUCAUCAACAACAACACGCGCGAUUUUGUCAACCCCGCAAUGGAUCUGCAGCGCAGAGUCGGUGCUCCUGGCGGCGGAAUAAGCAGUCCGGUCAGCAGAGGCCCUUCUGUCUCAUCGUAUCGACCAUUGACCCGGCCCAACAUUGACCAAAGGAGCGUUUCCAACCCAGCCGCGAUGAAUCGAGGGAGUGUGCCACCGCAGCAGAAUCUCAACGGAAAACGGCCUCCAUUAGUGGACGUUACCAAUGCCGAUGCUACACCUGGCGCAUAUCCAGGGGUCCCGGCACUCGGUCCAAACGACCCAAAACGGCCGCGGGUUUCGGAUGUUGACUCCUCUGGGUCUCGCCCACCAACCCAGUAA